GUUUAGGUCAGCCAUUAAGGUACCAGAGUUAAAAUUCUGGGUUGUUGGGGAAUUAUUUUAGGAAAGUUCCCAAAAACAAUUUACUUUUGAAAAACGAAAGACUUAAAAAAGACUGGUACAGGGAAAGUAGGACUAGGAGCAUCUAGUAACAAUUAUUGAUCCCGGCGUCGUACCAAACACUCUACUUGAAUGACGAACCUCCUUCUCAACACUUACCUCACACACUCUGUCAGAUUCUGAAAAUCAGUAUUUAGUUUCCAAAUUCCAACCCAGCAGAAUUUCUGCCCAAUUUCAUUCAUUCCCUCUCUAGUUCUCUUUCUCGUUUCCAUUGUUGUCGAAAUCUAUUACGAAAUUAUGGUUGCAGUUCUCGUUUAGGCUUUGGUAAGUAGUAGCAAUGGGCGAUGGUUCUCAUUCACCCUCUCCUUUUCCUUCUUCUAGUACUAUAAUUGUUGAUGAUGCGAAUGUUCUUGAUCCUGUUCCUCACCAAUCGAAUGUUAUUAGCUCACUCCAACAUCCAUCUUUCAAGGCUAGACCGUACCAAUUAGAAUUAGCAAAAAAAGCAUUGGAAGAAAAUGUGAUAGUAGUGUUAGAGACAGGAUCAGGAAAAACACUCAUAGCGAUAUUGUUAAUGAUUGAUAUGACUCCUUUAAUUAAGAAGCCUUUAAGCAAUCAGCUUUAUGUUUUCUUGGCUCCUUCUGUCUUCUUAGUUCAUCAGCAAGCCAGGGUCAUUCAGCAUUUUACUGAUUUCAAGGUUGGAGUUUAUUGUGGUGAUGAUGCUCAGCGUUUGAAAACCCAUCUUGCCUGGGAAAAGGAGCUUCAACAACAUGAGGUUCUUGUUAUGACUCCACAAGUUUUGUUGCGUUGUUUAUGUCAUUGCUUCAUUAGGAUGGACAGAAUUGCUCUCAUGAUCUUUGAUGAGUGUCAUUAUGCACAACUUGAGAGUAAUCAUCCUUAUGCUGAGAUCAUGAAGGUUUUCUAUGAUAGAAAAGUUGAUAAAGCUCCCCGUAUUUUUGGCAUGACAGCAUCUCCCAUAUGUGGGAAAGGUGCGUCCAUCAAUAAUCUUCAAGCUUUGCUUCAUGCUAAGGUUUAUACUGUUCAUGACAAAAGAGAACUGGAAACAUUUGUUGUAUCUCCUGUGGUCCAAGUGUAUUAUUAUAGCUCAAAUGACAAAUUAUUGGAAUCUCACAAUAAGUGUUUGGAUAAACUUGAAGAGAUUAAACGUCAGUGUACAUCUAUGCUAUGCAGGAGCAGUGAUGAUCUCUCUAGAGUACAGAACACCAAGAAACUUCUCCAAAAGCUGCAUAAUAAUAUACUUUUUUGUUUAACUAGCCUUGGUCUAUGGGGUGCAUUACAAGCGUGUCGUGUUCAUUUGAAUGGUGGUGACUGUGAAAGAAUUCAGCUUGUAGAUCUAAAAAGAAACUUUGGCGAUGACAUCUUACAAAAUGAAUAUCUAGCUCGGAUUGCAUCUCUACUAGAAACAGAAUGUAUGGGAGUAGAUGUUGCUGAGGGAACCGCUGAUAUGUUAUGUAACAAGCUUCUUAAAGAGCCAUUUUUCUCACAGAAGGUUUUGCGUCUUAUUGGAAUCUUGUCAAACUUUAGGUCAAGGCCAGGUAUGAAAUGUAUAAUUUUUGUUAAUAGGAUUAUUAUUGCCAGAUCUUUGGCAUAUAUCCUUGGACAAAUUAAGAUUUUAUCUGCUUGGAAAUGUGAUUACCUGAUUGGCGUUCACUCAAACCGUAUGUCCAGAAAAAUCACGUAUGAUAUUUUAGAAGAUUUCCGGUGUGGGAAGCUAAAUCUUUUGGUUGCUACUAAAGUUGGUGAAGAAGGACUUGACAUUCAGACAUGCUGUCUUGUAAUACGAUUUGAUCUUCCUGAAACUUUGGCAAGCUUUAUACAAUCUAGAGGUCGUGCUCGAAUGCCUCAGUCAGAAUAUGCUUUUUUAGUUAACAGUCAAAACGAUAGAGAGCGCUAUCUAAUGGACAGUUUCAGAAAAGAUGAAGAUCGCAUGAACAUGGUUAUCAGAGAAAGAAAACCAAAUGGAGUGAUUGCUGAUAUUAAUGAAGAAGUCUAUUCAGUGGGUUCCACUGGUGCUACCAUUAGUAUUCAAACUAGCAUUUCAUUGGUCUAUCAUUAUUGUUCUAAACUUCCACAUGAUGAGUAUUUCAGCCCCAUGCCAGAUCUUUUUUAUGUUGAUGAUAAUGAAGGAGUUAUAUGCAACAUAAUUUUUCCUUCUAAUGCUCCUAUUCAUCACAUAGUGAGUACACCUCAAUCUAAUAUAGAAGCAGCGAAAAAGGAUGCUUGUCUAAGGGCAUGCAAGGAAUUGCAUCAGGUUGGUGCCUUAACUGACUAUCUCCUACCAGAACAAGAUGAUACAUUGGAAGAGGAUGACCUUGAUUUGCGUAAUUAUGAUGGAAUAGAAGACGAGGAUUCACCACUUGUGCUGCAGGAGAUGGUAGUUCCUGCUGUGCUGCAAAUACCUUGGUCUGAUGUGGAUAAAUGCGUCUAUCUGAAUGCCUACUUUAUAAGGUUUAAACCUAAACCACAUGAUAGGCAAUAUAAAGAAUUUGGCCUUUUUGUCAAAGAACCUCUGCCGCACGAGGCUGAGAGAAUGAAGAUUGAUCUUCAUCUUGCCCGUGGUAGAUCUGUAUUAGCCGAUUUGAUUCCUUCCGGAGUUACUAAAUUUAAUGAUGAAGAGAUGCUGCUGGCUAUGAAUUUUCAAGAAAUUUGCCUUAAAAUAAUUCUUGAUCGGUCAGAAUUUGUGUGUGAUCAUGUUCCCCUGAAGACUAAUAAAGUUCGUGCAUUUGAUUCAUCCAUAUACUAUCUGUUGCUUCCUAUUGUUCCACAAGAGCAUGAUAGCUCAAUAUAUGUGGAUUGGAUGGUCAUUAAAAGAUGCUUGUCAUCGCCAAUUUUUACAUCUGUUGGUCGUUUAGUUGAUACCCAAAUUGCUCUUGAUAGUCAUUUGCAGCUUGCUGAUGGACCUAUCAGUACGAAUGAUAUUCUUAAUAGUCUAAUAUAUGUUGCUCACAAGAACUCGUUCUUCUUUGUUUCUCGAAUUCUCCCAGACAAGAAUGGGUACAACCUCUACAAUAAUUCGGCAAGCCAUAUAGACUACUUGAGUGACAAAUUUGGGAUUCAUCUAGCAUACCCAAGACAACCUCUACUACAAGCAAAACAGCUCUUUUGCUUACACAAUUUGCUGCAUCUUCGGAACAGAGAAAAUAUAGAGUCUUUUGAACUAGAAGAGCAUUUCUUCGAAUUGGCACCUGAGCUAUGUGAACUAAAGAUAAUUGGCUUCUCCAAAGAAAUAGGGAGUUCAUUGUCUUUGUUGCCAUCUAUCAUGCAUCGUGUGGAAAACAUGCUUGUAGCAAUUGAAUUGAAGGAUAUGUUGUCCAAGUCAUUUGCUGAGGGGACAUUGAUAACUGCCGAACGUAUUCUUGAAGCUUUGACUACAGAAAAAUGCCAAGAAAGUUUUUCCCUUGAGAGACUUGAAGUUCUUGGUGAUGCCUUUCUCAAGUUUGCCGUGGGACGAUACCUUUUUCUUAAGCACAAAACUUUUGAUGAAGGGCAGCUGUCUAGGAGGCGUUCUAAUCUCGUAAACAACUCCAAUUUAUGCAAGCUGGGUAUUAAAAAGAAAUUACAGGGAUACAUACGUGAUCAAGAAUUUGAUCCUCGACAAUUCUUUGCUCUUGGUCGGCCUUGUUCAGUGAAAUGUACCAAGGAAAAGGAACAUUCUAUCCAUUAUGAUUGUGAAGGUAACAGGAAAAACGGGAAUGAUCCUCAUCAAGUGAGAUGUAGUAGGAAUCAUCAUUGGUUAACCAAGAAAACAAUUGCUGAUGUAGUUGAAGCAUUACUUGGAGCUUACAUAGUUGAUAGUGGCUUUAAAGCAACAAUGGCAUUCUUAAGAUGGUUUGGUUUGCCGGUGGAAUUCGAAGUUUCUCAAGUAUUUCAUGCCUGGACUGCAAGUUCAAAGUUUAUCUCACUUGCAGAUCAUGUUAGUAUCCCUGACAUUGAGGGUGUUUUGGGUCAUACUUUCGCUCACAAGGGUUUAAUUCUGGAAGCUUUUGUGCAUGCAUCAUACAAUCGACAUGGUGGAGGUUGCUACCAGAGAUUGGAAUUUCUCGGUGAUGCUGUGUUGGAUUACUUGAUCACUUCAUAUUUAUACUCGGUGUUCCCAACUUUGAAACCUGGCCAGUUGACUGAUUUGAGAUCAUCACUUGUUAACAACAGUUUGUUUGCUGAAGUAGCAGCUAGUUCAUUGCACAAAUUUAUAAUAUGUGACAAUAACAACCUACGUACUGCUAUUGAUAAGUUUGUGAAUUACAUCAAAAAGCCUGCUUCAGAAAGGCAUUUACUUGAGGAGCCUCUAUGCCCAAAGGUUCUAGGCGACAUGGUUGAGUCUUGUAUCGGUGCUAUUAUACUUGAUGCAGGAUUUGACUUGAAUCAUGUUUGGAAAGUGAUGCUCUCAUUUUUGUACCCUGUAAUGCGAUUUUCUAAUUUGCAGAUAAAUCCUAUUCGAGAACUGUUGGAGCUAUGCCAACAUCAUCACUGGAGCAUUAAAUUUAGUCCUUCAAAAAUUAGCAAUAGUUACAUGAUCGAGGCGACAGUGACUGGUGAAAAUUUCUGUUGCUCUGCCUCUGCAAUGUUCUGCAGUAUCAAGGGGGCAAAGAGAGUGGCUGCACAGCAAGUAACAGAAAAACUGAAGGCUCAAGGAUACCGAUUGAAGGCUAAAUCACUAGAUGAGAUCCUUCAAACAAUGCCAAAGAUGGAACCCAGGCUGAUUGGAUAUGAUGAGAUGCCUCUGUCUCAAGUUUCUUCCAGGGAAUUGGCCGAUGCUGGAAAUUUGAGUUUGGAAAAUCAUUUCAAUACUAGUGUGAAUCCAGAAAUCGAUUUUCAAAGGCUGACUCUGAAUGAUAGUGCUGUUACCAAUGGUUGUGCAAAUGCAGAGUUCAAUGUGUGUGAACUCGCAAAAUUUUUGUCCUGCUCACAGAGAAAAUCCAGAAAAGCGUCCUGUCAGAGCAUUGAGGACGAUUGUAAUAUUGACUUAAAUGUGCAUGGUAAUCAUCAAGGAAAAGCCAAGGCAAAAUCACGCUUGAAUGAAAUUUGUGUUACCAACUGUUGGAGAGCCCCUGUGUAUGAGCGCUGUAAAGAGGAAGGACCAAGCCAUUUAAAACUUUUCACUUUCAAGGUGGUGGUGAUAAUUGAAAAUGCUGAAGAUAUAAUAUUGGAAUGCUUUGGUGGGCCCCAACUAAAGAAGAAGGUAGCUACCGAAGAAGCAGCGGAAGGUGCUCUCUGGUUCUUGGAGAAAGCAGGCUACAUUACGUAAUCUCUGUAUUUCUAUAUAAUUUGUAUAGACUAGAGAAUUAUGGGUAUUUCUAUAUAAUUUGUAUAGACUAGAGAAUUAUGGGUAUUUCUAUAUAAUUUGUAUAGACUAGAGAAUUAUGGGUACCCCCAGCUACCAGGUUUUCGUACAAAUAAUAAGUGAAUAAUUAAACUUCCGAACUUAAUUUGGGUGUAAUACUAGGAAGGGGUGGAAAGUAGUUGUGUAUGUGAUAUGCAAGAGAUCAAGAAUUCAGUAACAAGUAUGCAGAAUCAAAGAAAGAGAGAAAGAAGAAAGCAAGAAGAGAAAGUAAGAGGAAAAGGUUAUCGUGAGAUUUGUAGAGCACUUUGACUGGCCCAAUACUCCUUUACAAUGUAUUCAGUGAUUACAAUAAGCAUGAUCCCACUACCUUUAACCCUAUUAUUUAUAUAGUGCAAAAGAGGGGUCAAUGACGAACUUGCCACCUCAUAACAUGAUGCGUGCACAAUGCCAAGAUCACCAAGAACCUGGCUAAUUCUUCAAGAACAGGUUCAAGAACGUUCUUGAAGUGUGAAUCAGACAACCCUUCUGUACAAAUGAGACAGGUGGACAGAACAACUUCAAUGAAGUGGUUCUGUACCUUGGAUAGAAACAAAUUGGUCUUCACUCAACCAAUUGGCCUCUUUCUCACACUUAGAUUAAGAUUCACUCUCUUAAUCUUUGUGGAAAAAACUGAAUGCCCUCUUUGUUUCACUCACAAAGAACGCUCUCAGGCUAGAAAAUACUCCUGUACUUUCCCUUGAACAAUUGACAAGCAAUUACUCUAAUAACAAUUGUUAUUCUGAUUGAAAUCUGAAUCUCUUACAAAAAUGAAUGAAGGCUCUUUAUAUAGGCCUUUAAAGAAAUACAACGGCAA